ACUCCGUCUGUCACACACAGACCACACACACAAGCCAGAGGAACCACAAUCAAUUUCACCUCAUGAGGAAGACUCCCAACAAGCCUUCAUCAUAUUUUUAUAAUUUUUAUUUUAAAUCAGAAUCUUCACAGAAUCAAACAUCACCUGUAGGAUUUUUAUCUGAGGAGCUGAAAGGUUUUUAUCUUUCAUCUGAAAACUGAAAACAACUGGAGACAAUGAGGAGCUUCUGCAGAGCCAAUCAUCUGCUCUCGUUGUUGUUGGCUGUUGCCGGGUCGGUGGCUCUGGUUCCUUCCCACAACUUGGCCAGCGAGAGGAGUUCUAUAGAAAGCACCUAUGAGCUGACCAAAUACCUGGAGUACCAGCUCAAGGAAAUCAAAGACGUUUAUUUAACCUAUCUAGGCCCGCCGUUCAAUGAGAAAGACUUCUCCCCUCCUCGACCCAACAGCACCGCUUUGAUUCUGCCGAGCGCCGCCACCCGACUGGAUCUGUGGCACGGCCUGGAAAACCAAGCCCGCCUGGCUCAGAACCAGAGGGCCUACUCCAUCCUGCUGGCAGCCGUCAGGGAGCUGGCCCGUUCCACUUUGUGCCCGUCCCUCAAAAUCUCCCUGUUGCACUUCUGCACCGGUCUGGACGGACUGCUGGGCUCUAUUUCYACACUAAUGACCUCCCUUGGUUAUUCGCCUUUGCCACAGUCCGCAAACGCGAGGGGCAAGAGAACCGAGGGAGGUCAACACAGUGGCCAACAAAGGAGUGGGACAAAGGGGGUCAGGGGCGAGAGGGAUGGCGGCACAGGCAUGGUUGUGACAGACAAAAAUAGGAGGGACGGGAGGAGAGCAGCGGCAAGUGGAGGACGGAGUGGUGGACCGAAGGACAAGGCUAAAAGAGGGAGAGUGAGAAGAGAGAAGAGGGAAGAGCCUCACAAUGGAAUAAGAGCUGCUGUUAUGAAAGAGGAGCACCAAACAGAGGUGGGAAGGAGGCGGCUGCUGAGUAUUGAUGAAGAUUGGAUUAAAGACGACAGGCAGGCUGAAUUCAGGGUCGAAGUGUCGUAUUUGAGUUCAGGAGGAACCAUAAAUCAAGAGCAAAGUGACAACGAGUACAGCUUUGACCUAACCUCACUCAGAGAAGACGGGUUUAUUGUGGGAAGAAGCCAAGGAUCAAUGAUCAGGGAGGAGAAGCUGACCGACAUGGACUCCUCCUCGUCUAUGUUAGACAUACGUCGUCGGUCUCCUCGCUCCCUCCUCUCCCCCACCCUCCAACCUCCUCUGUCCACCCUCUCCCUCCUGUACCAGUUCGGAGCAGGCGAGGAGCAUACCCUUCUUCCCCAGACCGUCCCGCUGUCUUUACAAAGAGGCACCUCUCUCCUAUCACCUCCCUUGAACCCGCUCUUCUCCUCGUCUUCCGCCUCCUCCUCCUCGCUACUCUCGGUGCGGCCAAAGAUGAACGAUUUUGCCAGGAAGGUGGAGGGAUUCUGGAUACUGAGGGAGCUGCAGAGCUGGCUGUGGCGGUCGGCGAAGGAUUUCAACCGUCUCAAGAAGAGACUCAGAGAUUGAGAUGCUUUGUGAAAAGACAACAAUGAGACACAAAGACUUGUGAAAGUAACAGAGGAGAGGAAAUCCAUUGUUUCCGUAAAAAAGCGGAGUGGACAAAAAUAGAUAAAAACGCUCAUUAACACAUUCAUUCAUGCUGUACUGGAAUAAGUGAAUGAAGAACUACUUGGCAAGUCACCAGACCGGCUACUGGAAUACAAAACACACAAAGCCAUUACAUGACACUGUCACUGAUGCACAUAACAGGUCAUUGAGCAAAACACACUGAGAGUGGGUCUGAGUUUCCGGACUUCACAGCUCAUAGAUCAACAGAAAUACCACUGUAGGUGGUUAGACUCAACCAAACUGAGUGACCGGCAGCGACCCAGACAGUGCCACCAUUGAGUACAGAUGUGUGAAUCAGCAAACAUUCAUUUUCUCUACAGGAAGAAGGAAAAAAAAUUCUGAAUGGGCAGAAAAACAAAAAAAGGAAAGGAAAAUGCUCGAAGCGAUGAUGAAGUCACGGAGGAGGCGUGAGUCAGGGAAUGAUCGGCAAAAGUAACCAGCAUUUGGGUAUUGCUGACUAAUCAAAUGGUCACUUACAGCAACCCUAUAACAGAGUUACACACUCUCUAUUGAGACACACUCUUAUUGUGUCGAGCUGGAGCUCACCAUUCAUGCAACCUUUUUUGCUGUUUUCUCACAAUUUCAGUGCUGAUUUAGCCUCUUUAAAAUACCCAAUCCACUUGAAAAAUACAGUUGUUUUAUUUGUUGAAAAAUUAAUAUAAUUAUUAAUAAUAAUAAUAUUGUUGCUCGUUUCUUGACUUUCACUACACUCACAUUUGUAAAGUUAAUGUGACAACAGCGCUAAAACCUUUGUUUAGCUAAGCAUAAUGGUUCAAAAUAAGGAAAUAGCUACAAGUUAGCUAGUCAACAAACGGUCAUUUGUUAGCUUGUUAGUAAGUGAACUAGCUAACAUGUGAGCUCGCCAACAAACAGUUUGUUAGCCAGCUAGCCAACAAGUGAAUGGGGACCUCCACUCAUGACGUCACACAUAUAAUUUACAUACAACAGGGUUGAGGUCUUCGACCGACUUGGAAUAUGAGUGGAUUUAUUACAUUAUGUUAUAACAAUGUUAUAACAAUGACAACCUGAAACCCGUUCUCAGUCAUAACUGUUCCUUUAAGUCAUGUUUCUGGGCACAGAUGUGCUGGAUUUCUCUCCUUGAAAGUUAAACUGUUUCUUUUCAGAACAAAUUUGUUUGAAUGUGUUUGAAAUGAGCCUGAUGAUAUGGCCAAAAGUUACUGACAUUAUUUAUUGAACAAGAAGAUGUAUAUUUAUUUUUUUCAGAGUAAAAAAAUACUGUAUUGUAACUCGAGAGAGAAUAAAUACUAGCUUUUGUACACA